UCUUAUUUUUUUGUUGAUUCUCCCAGAGAUUGCAAUUAAUUCAGUAGCCCCAAGUCCGUUCUUAGCUUAAGCUGAAUCUCGAUGGUUUACAUAGUUUCAUGGGACGAAUUCGUAGAUCGAUCUCUUCAGCUUUUCAAAGCUGAUCCCGAAUCUACUCGGUAUGUUGUCAAGUAUAGACAUUGUGAUGGCAAGUUGGUUCUCAAGGUUACUGAUAACAAAGAGUGUCUCAAGUUCAAGACGGACCAAGCACAAGAAGCAAGGAAGAUGGAGAAACUGAAUAACAUAUUCUUCACCCUCAUGGCCAGAGGACCUGAUGUUGAUCUUUCUGAAGUGAACGGGAAAGAACAGAUGGAGACACAAUCUGUGAAGAAAGGAAGAGGAAGGAAGCAAUAAGUCCCAUGAUUCUGUUUUUCUUUUUUUUUUGAGCAACGAUUCUGUUUUUCUUUCUUUCUUUCUUUUUGGUAUCAAGAUUUUGAUCCAUUUAUGGGGGAAGAUAUUUUGAGAUGGGAAUUGUGAUGAAAGGAUUAUUA